AUGUUAUAUUUACCAAAUAGUAAUCCAAAUAAAAGCAAUAACCAAUGUGAUGAAAGUUGGACCAGUAACAUAGAACAAAAAGAAAAAUCAGUUGGUAAAGACAAACAAAAAGCUACUUCUUUUAUAAGUGAAAACAACAAGAUAAAAAACAGCAAGACACAUGCAGAAAACACAACUAGUAUUCCUAUUCCAAAACAUAAUUCACCUUUAAUAGAAGCUAAUCACAAGGACACAAAUAAUGAAACAUCUGCUGCAAACUAUGAUCAAGAUAUAACAAUAGAACUAUUAGACUGCAACAAAGAGAACAAAACUAAAAAGAAAGAAUUUAUUUUGUCAUUUCAAAAAAAAACAACCUAUGACCAAGAUAUAACAAUGAAACCAUUAGACUGCAACAAAGAGAACAAAACUGAAGAAAAAGAAUUUAUUUUGGUCAUUUCAAAAAAGAACAACCAAAAAGAAAACAAGAAGAAAACCCUUACAACAAAAGCUAAUCACAAGGACACAAAUAAUGAAACAUCUGCUGCAAACUAUGAUCAAGAUAUAACAAUAGAACUAUUAGACUGCAACAAAGAAAACAAAACUAAAAAGAAAGAAUUUAUUUUGUUAUUUCAAAAAAGAACAACCUAUGACCAAGAUAUAACAAUGGAACCAUUAGACUGCAACAAAGAGAACAAAACUGAAGAGAAAGAAUUUAUUUUAGUCACUUCAAAAAAGAACAGCCAAAAAGAAAACAAGAAGAAAACCCUUACAACAAGUGAGAAAAGUAAUAAGAGUAGGACAGAAAAUGUCUGA